AUGGCACCCCCCGGCCGACGGAAGCUUUCGACAUUUAGCUUCCUAGCACUAUCUCUCCUCCUAUUCCUUUCUACGACUGCCCAUGCUGCUUCUGCAGUCCUGGGUAUAGAUUUGGGUACAGAGUACCUAAAGGGUGCCAUCGCCCGGCCCGGGUCACCCAUAGAAAUUGUCCUGUCUAAAGAUUCAAAGAGAAGAGAGGCUGCAACGCUUGCGUUCAAACCCUCCAGAGCCCAGAUAAAAGAUGGUGAUGCUUUUCCCGAACGCCUCUAUGGAGGCGAUGCCAUAGCGCUCUCCGCAAGAUUUCCGAGCGAUGUCUAUCCCAACCUGAAGAGUUUGCUGGGUAUGGAAUACUCUGCGGAGGCUGUUAAGGCCUAUGCCAUCCGAUACCCCGGGUUGAACCUUGUACCUGUGGCAAGAGGCAACGAAACGGACAAGGAUGCUGGUACGGUGGGGUUAAAGAGCCAGAGUUUCGGGACCAAGAAGGACGAAAUAUUCAUGGUGGAAGAGUUACUAGCCAUGCAAUUGAAGAACGUCAAGAGCAAUGCGGAAGCGAUGGUCGCCAAGGGUGUAUCUGUCACUGAUGUGGUCAUCACAUACCCUGCGUUCUAUACCGCUGAGGAGAAGCGAGCCAUUCAACUAGCCGCGGACCUGGCGGGAUUGAGAGUUCUAGCUCUUGUCAGCGAUGGACUUGCUAUCGGGCUUAACUAUGCAACCCAUCGGACGUUCGACAGUGUGACGGAUGGCGGAAAGCCUGAGCACCAUCUUGUCUAUGAUAUAGGUGCUGGAUCAACGACUGCAACGGUGCUCAAGUUUCAAGGCAGGACGAUCAAGGGGCCAGGCAAGCGAAAUUCCACCGUUCAGGAGGUCAUCGCUCUCGGAGUGGGAUUCGACGCCUCGCUAGGAGGGGAUUCUUUAAAUGAUGUUAUUGUCGAAGAUAUCAUCUCCCGUUUCCUGGAAACUCCAAGCGCUAAGAAAUUGGGAUUGGGUCGUGAGCAAGUUCGAUCUCACGGGAAAUCAAUGGCGAGGAUUUGGAAAGAGGCGGAACGAGUGCGACAACUUCUCAGUGCCAACGCGGCGUCAACCGCGACUCUCGAAGGCCUCUAUGAUGAUGAUAUCACUUUCAAGUACAGCCUCACCCGAGAUAAGUUUGAAGAGCUCGCUGCAGAUCAUGCUUCUCGUGUAGGGUUUCCCAUUGAAGCCGCUCUCCAGUCGGCCGGGCUGCAACUGGACGACCUCGACUCGAUCAUUCUGCACGGAGGAGCAGUGAGAACCCCAUUUGUGCAGAAGCAGCUCGAAAAGGUGGCUAGCGGAUCGUCCAAGCUGAAGACCAACGUCAACGCCGACGAGGCUGCCGUCAUGGGAGCAGCUUUCAAAGCUGCCUCUUUAAGCCCCAGCUUUAGGGUCAAAGACAUUCGUGGCGCAGAUAUUUCGGGUUUCUCUUUUUUCUUGAAAUGGAGUGUCGAGAACAAAGAAAAGGCACAGAAACUGUUCCAUCCGUCCUCCCAAGUUGGAGCUGAGAAGCAAGUGCCUAUCAGGACGCUGGAAGAUGUCACCUUUGGGUUCACUCAAACAGUCAAGGAGCUAGAACUUCCUGUAACGGAGGUUGGAGCAUUGAACUUGACGAAAUCUGUGGGUGAGCUGAAGGAAAAGCAUGGAUGUGCGGCGGCGAAUAUAAGCACCAUUUUCACAAUGCGGUUGAGUCAUGUGGAUGGGUUGCCAGAAGUUGUUUCGGGGUCUGUUAGCUGCGAAACUGAGAGCACCAAAGGCGGGACCGUCAUUGACAACGUCAAAGGUUUGUUUGGCUUCGGCUCGAAUAAGGACGGUGAUCAGAAGGUCGUCGAAGACGAAGACGCGACUGGAGGAACCUCAGAAUCUCAGAUUCUGUCGCCUUCGUCUGAUCCAACAAGCUCUGGAUCAACCAUGUCAUCUGCUUCGCCAUCACUUUCAGAUUCAGAGUCGGCCGCUUCUUCCUCUUCCUCCUCUUCGACUAAAGCCGCAAAAGCAACUAGAUCCACGCCCACAAUUGUUUCAAUACCACUGGCUCUGAGAUCGACAGUUGUUGGGCUCAAUGCUCCCCCUAUUGAAAUUCUGCCUCGUCUCCGACAGCGUCUAACUCAAUUCGAUAUCUCAGAUCGCAAUGCCGCUCUCCGAGCUGAAGCUUUGAACACUCUCGAGGCUUUCACAUACCGAACAAGGGACUAUCUGGAGGACGAGAGCUUCAUCGCUGCCUCGAGUCAGUCUGUUCGGAAAGAACUAGAAAAACAGCUGUCAAGCAUCUCCGAAUGGCUAUACAGUGACGGCCUCGAUGCCAAACUCCAGGACCUCAAGGACAAGUUGAAGACUCUCCAUGGCCUCGUUGAUCCGGUGUUGAAGCGUCAGGAUGAAGCUAUGAAACGGCCGGAUGCUGUGAAGGCCUUGAAAGAGGGACUGGAGAGCAUGAAUGGGAUGAUUACGAUGGUGGAAGGAAGCAUCAAGAAGGCUGCAGAAAAUGCAGCUUCGAGUGCAAGUGAAUCUGCAGAAUCUGCAGCCUCGAGUGCCUCGACAAGCUCGGCUACAAUGGAUGGAGAUGAUUUAGACGAGGACCCGUAUAGCAGCGCGUCAGCAGGUGAAGCAACGCAGACAGCCGAACCGCCUCCGGUUAAACCAUAUGAGUACACGAACGAAGAUCUGGCAGCUCUUACGACGAAAUAUGAUGAGGUGAAGAAAUGGCUCGACGAGAAACUUGCCAUGCAAAACACCCUGGGUCCACACGAUGAUCCUGCCUUCCUGGUCUCUGAAUUGCAGAACAAGGGGCAGGAGUUACAGAAACUGGUUUCGGAUACUAUUAUGAAGACAAUCAGGAUGCCAGAGAUACCCAAAAAGGGGAGGACUGGGGGUGGAAAGAAAGCGACAGGGAAGGGAAAGGCCAAAAAGACGAAAUCUUCCACCCCAAGCGGCAGCGAGACCGCAGGAAGUAGGACCUCCAAAGUGAACGCUUCAUCAAACUCAUCGUCGACGCCGACUGCCUCAGCGACGAAGAGCAUCAAGGAUGAGUUGUAA